AUGGGAGGAGGAGACUUGAACAUGAAAAAAUCCUGGCAUCCCCUCUUGAUCAAGAAUCAAGAGCGGGUAUGGAAGGAAGAACAAAAAGCAUUGGAAGAGCAAAAAAAGCUUAACCAGCUCAGGAAAGAAAAAGAAGAGGAAAGACAGUUACAAGAAUUGAGACAGAUCCAAGCGACUGUUGGUGGACGAAGAGAGCAGGAAAGGUUAGAUUGGAUGUACGCUGCUGGACCUAAUCAAUCUAGCUCAGCCAAAGCUGAGGAAAUGGAAGAUUAUUUACUUGGAAAGAAACGUGUUGAUUCUCUUAUAGAACAAGGCACCUCUAUGAGCAUAUUGUCUGCUGAUUCCAAAGAAAUCUUUAGCAGCAUUAGUAAUCCAAAUGCUAAUACUUACCGAGAUACUCAGGCAAAAAUUCGAGAAGAUCCAUUAUUUCUUAUAAAGAAAACUGAACAGGCCAAUAUAAAAUCUAUCGUUUCAAAUCCACUUAAAAUGAGAGAAAUUCAAGAGGAUUUACAUAAAGAAAGGAGCAAGAAAUACCAUAAAAAGAGGCCUUUUGCAGAUUCUGAUGAUGCAGAUUCGGUAAGGUCAAUUGAACAAGAUAGAAAUAAUCGUUCUCAAAAACGUUCUCGUGAGAGUAAAAUUUUUGAAAUGAUGAAUGAUGCAAAGAAAAUUUCUGAAGAGCGAAAGAAACGCGUAGAAAAGUCCACAAAGGAAGAAUAUGAGGAAGAGAAGAAAUUGGACGAGGACAGAAGGCGACGCGGCAUGCAAUCCGACUUUUUAAAAAACGCUUAUAAAUCGGCAUAUUCUUCACAUUCAUCAAUUGGUUUGGGAGAACGUUUACAAAGACAUCGUGGUACUUCACAAAAAAUAUCAAGAGAAGAUUAA